AUGGUUCGUCAGGUGUCCCCAACCGCCUCUUCCGGCUUAGGCUCCUCUCGCCCACCCAGUGCAGUGAGAAAAGGAUCCAAGGAGAAGAGGCAGGGCCGUGACAACUUCCCGGCGUCCCUCUCGAGCCUUGCGGCCAUCGAACCGUUGGUCAAUCAAGAGGAUCUCGAUCGUUUGGACAGCAAAGUCACGAAGAUGGAGGCGGAUCUAGGAUCCAUGCACGGCGACAUUCAACGCGUGAUUGAGAUGAUGAACGACAAG